UGUGGCUACAUCUGUGGCUGGGCGGACCAUCUCCUCCAAGCAGUAAACCUGCAGAUGUCCUUUCACAGUGUCCAUAUAGGACAUAGCUUUAUUUCUUCACUGCCAACUGAAGCGUCCAUGGACCCUCUGGCUCCACUGCUUCCGUCAGUAACUUGGAGUGCUUUAAGAACUUUGUGAACUCUUUGUCUUGGAGUGGGAAGGGAGAGGAAGGCGAGCAGUUGAUGGGACACAGCCCAGCAGCAGCAGCAGGCUCCUCUGGAGACGGCAUCGGCACUUUUAGCUGGAGAUAAUCCUCCCCCAGGCCAUGACAAGGCAGUGCCUCACCCUUAUGACCCCCCUGGCUGUACUGGGACUCCUUCUGUGGUUUGCAGACCUGAGCCUUGGCUCUGUAGGAGAGGAUGAGGAUUACUACAUACAGGAGCUGCUGACAAGAGAACAGUACAAUCAGGUUCAAGUGUUGGAGAAACCAAUUUCCUCGAUAGCUCAUCGGGAUGAACGUCCAAGACAAAACCCGACAGCAAAAAUGCCCAAAAGAAAGGCAGAAAGCAACAAGAAGACAGAUAAAACCGCAGCUGAAACAAAAUCAGGGAAAGCACCCAACAAAAAGGCAGAGAAAAGCAAGAAGAGCAUGGUUAAGAAUUCUAACAUCAUCUCUGAAGGAGACAGACAAUACAGCUUGAUAAAAGAAGAAUGCCCUCCCAUGGGAUUGGAGACAUUAAAGAUUGAUGACUUCCAGCUUCACGCUUCGUCUACGAAACGCUAUGGCCUUGGUGCACACAGAGGUCGCCUUAACAUUCAGGCUGGCCUUUAUGAAGAUGACCUGUACGAUGGAGCCUGGUGUGCAGGGAGAGAUGACCCACUGCAGUGGCUUGAGGUGGAUGCCAGAAGGCUAACAAAGUUCACCGGGGUCAUCACACAAGGCAGGAGCUCCCUCUGGUCGAGCGAUUGGGUGACCUUGUACAAGGUUAUGGUUAGCAAUGACAGUCACACUUGGAUAACACUUCAGAAUGGCUCAAAAGACAUGAUAUUCAGAGCUAACAGAGAAAAAGAGAUUCCAGUUCGCAACAUCUUCCCUGCCCCUGUGGUCGCCCGGUACAUUCGAGUUAAUCCUCGCUCCUGGUUUCACGGUGGCAGCAUCUGCAUGAGAGUAGAGAUCCUUGGUUGUCCAAUGCCAGAUCCAAAUAAUUAUUACCACAGACGCAAUGAAGUCACAACAACUGAUGACUUGGACUUCAGGCAUCACAGCUACAAGGAAAUGAGGCAGCUUAUGAAGGUGGUUAAUGAAAUGUGCCCCAACAUCACCCGGAUCUAUAACAUAGGAAAGUCUCACAGUGGCCUCAAACUCUAUGCUAUAGAGAUCACUGACAACCCAGGAGAACAUGAAGUGGGUGAACCAGAGUUUCGUUAUACUGCAGGUUCCCAUGGCAACGAAGUGCUGGGACGGGAGCUGCUCCUGCUGCUGAUGCAGUUCAUGUGCCUGGAGUAUCUAUCUGGCAACCAGCGGAUACGUCACCUGGUGGAAGAGACCAGAAUCCAUCUACUGCCAUCUGUCAACCCUGAUGGGUACGAGAAAGCCUUUGAAGUGGGUUCAGAGCUCAGUGGCUGGUCUCUGGGUCGUUGGACCAAUGACGGAAUAGACAUUCACCACAACUUCCCUGAUCUCAACUCCAUUCUGUGGGAGGCUGAAUCCAAGAAGUGGAUUCCUCGCAAAAUGUUCAACCAUCAUGUGCCCAUCCCAGAAUGGUACCAGUCAAAGAAUGCCUCAGUUGCCUUGGAGACACGAGCUUUAAUAGCAUGGAUGGAGAAAAUGCCCUUUGUGUUGGGCGGUAACCUCCAGGGAGGGGAGCUGGUGGUGACCUUCCCGUACGACAGAACUCGCUCCCUGGGGGUGACCAGGGAGCAAACUCCCACCCCAGAUGACCACGUCUUCCGCUGGUUGGCCUUCUCCUACGCGUCCACCCACCGCCUGAUGACUGAUGCCAACCGACGGGUCUGUCACACAGAGGACUUUGCCAAGGAGGAUGGCACCAUCAACGGAGCGUCCUGGCACACUGCAGCAGGCAGUAUGAAUGAUUUCAGCUAUUUGCACACCAACUGCUUUGAGCUGUCGAUGUAUGUGGGUUGCGACAAAUUCCCUCAUGAGAGCGAGCUGCCUGAGGAGUGGGAGAACAAUCGCGAGUCUCUUCUUGUUUUUAUGGAGCAGGUGCAUCGUGGGAUCAAAGGUGUAGUUCGGGAUCUGCAAGGUCGUGGAAUAGCUAACGCCAUGAUUUCUGUAGAGGGCAUCAGUCAUGAUAUACGCACAGCCACUGAUGGUGAUUAUUGGCGCUUGCUUAAUCCCGGGGAGUACAGAGUAACAGUCAGAGCUGAAGGAUACAGCCUCAGCAGUAAGAAGUGCGAGGUGGGCUACUUGAUGGGUGCCACCAGGUGUGAUUUCACCAUCGGCCGGACCAACUUGUCCCGAAUCAGAGAAAUCAUGGAAAAAUUCAACAAGCAGCCCAUCAAAUUACCCGUGAGGCAGCUUCAAGCGCGCAGGUCCAUACAAACCCGUCUGGGAACAUAAUGAUCACAUGAGAGAGCCAGUGGAAGAAUAAAAAGUAAACAUCUACUCUGAUCAGUCUGGGUUGAAGGCCAAGCCUACGUUUGGACCUGUGUCAGAUUCCUCCAGAGGGCUGUCAGUGGAAUUAAUGUUUGGAGACUGAAAACAUGGAUUAAUUUAAAUGAAUGUUUUAUUUGAUUUUUGAUUGAUUUUCUUUGAGUUCAUACCCAGGAAUAUGCUCCCUCUCUGUUCAUUGUUCAUUGUUGACAUAUCAAAUUUUCUUCAUAGCCAUGCUAAACAUUAAAAGUAUUUUGUCUACUCAAAGGCCAAGUUUGUCCAUGUCUAGAAGAAAUAUUAAAAUAUGUGUCCCCACUCCAUGUCAGACUGACUAAAUGCUGUUAAUGCAGAUUAUUAUCACAACCCAGAUAUUUUCAUAAAAAAAACUGAAACAUAAAUUAAAGAUGACAAAUUGUUGCAGCACUUAAGAAACUACAAUAAAUGUCAUUAAGCACAUACCUAUCAGUUGUGUAACAAAAUUAUAUAAACCACAACAAAAGCUCUAUUGCCUGCACUUGUAUAAUUUUCAGUCCUAAAAAUGACUUGUGACCCCUUGUGUGUCAUUGAUUUUUUUUUUUCCAUAUUUUGCUUUUAGUUUUUCAAUAAAUACUUGCACAAACAUA